ACCGCUUUCUCAAGCCGGUGGCAGUACCACAGCUAGCUAUCUCAUCACCAUAUCGACUACGCAGUCCAUUGGCUAGGAAGCAAUGGCUCCCUCCGUGAUGGCUUCGUCGGCCACCUCGGUUGCUCCCUUCCAAGGGCUCAAGUCCACAGCUGGACUCCCAGCGAGCCGCCGCUCCAGCAGCACCGGCUUGGGCAACAUCAACAACGGUGGAAGGAUCAGGUGCAUGCAGGUGUGGCCGAUUGAGGGCAUUAAGAAGUUCGAGACCCUGUCCUACCUGCCGCAAGCGAUAAUGUAUUACUAUCAGUUCACAAGGUCCAACUGCCGAUCAAUCAGUGAGCCGUUGAGAACCAGCAGUGAUAAACACUACCACUGACGCGUUUUAUUACAA